GAGGGAACCAGUUUUGUUGCAUGGAGGCGUAAAGGUCUUAAACUCGGAUGUUUUAGCCGUCGUGCUUUUGUCACCAUGCAGUCUGCGGAGCCCGAGAUCGAGGACUCUUUCGACUUUCUUUUCAAAAUCAUCCUGGUUGGGGAUUCAGAUGUUGGAAAAACCUGCAUUGUGCAGAGUUUCAAGUCUGGCAUAUUCAUUGAGAAGCAGCAGAACACCAUCGGGGUCGACUUCACCGUUCGCACCCUGGACAUUGAUGGGAAGAAAGUCAAGAUGCAGGUGUGGGACACUGCUGGCCAGGAGCGUUUCCGCACCAUAACGCAGAGCUACUACCGCAGCGCCCACGGCGCGAUGGUGGCCUAUGACAUCAGCCGCCGCAGCACCUUCGACUCUGUCCCCCUCUGGAUCAGAGAGGUGGAGCAGUACGGAGCGUCCAGCGUGGUGCUGAUACUCAUUGGUAAUAAAUCAGACCUUCAUGCCAAGAGGCAGGUAUUAUUCGAGGACGCGUGCACUCUGGCUGAAAACAACAGCGCGCUCGCUGCUCUGGAAACCUCGGCUAAGGAGGCGCAGAACGUGGAGGCUGCCUUCAUCCUCAUGGCUCGGGAGCUGAUGGCACGCAACGGCGUGCCCAUCACAGACGAGCCCUCCCAGAACUCUCCACAAUUCAUGCUGAGUGACAACUCUCACCCAGUCCAGGGCGCCGUGUCACCAGAUAAAAAAUAUAUAUUUUGUGUUAUUCUCUUCCUGUAG